AUGCCCGCCCCACAGAAGAAAAUCAUCUUCAGCAUAGCUGGGGUGCUGAGCCUGGCCUGCGCCCUGGGGACCGCGGCGGCCGUGGGGACGCAGCGCUGGGUGACGGGGACGAUGCUCUGCAAGACGGGAGCUCUGUUGGUCAACGCCAGCGGCCCCGAGCUGGAGAAGUUCAUCGGCCAAAUCCGGUACGGGCUGUUCCACGGUGAGCGCGUCCGGCAGUGCGGGCUUGGCGGGAGAGCGUCGCAGUUCUCAUUUUUUCCAGAUCUGCUCACAAUUAUCCCCGCCAGCAUCCAUGUUAGCGUGGUUCUCUUCUGCACCGCGCUGAUUGUCUUUGCUCUGGUGGGGACAGGUUUCUUCAUGUUCAACGCUUUUGGGAGCCCCUAUGAGACCCUGCACGGCCCUGUUGGGCUGUACCUCUGGAGCUUCAUUGCCUGUGAGUACUCCCACCUGUGGCUGACAGCAUCAACCCGGCUGUGUUUGCCUAUUCAUGAUGACCAAUUUAUUGGUUCCUGCGGGUGCCUCAUCCUGAUCCUCUUCUCCUCGGAGGUGAAGAUCCACUGCCUCUCCGAGAAGAUCGCCAACUUCAAGGAGGGGAGCUUCACCUUCAAGACUCACAGCGAGCAGUUUGCAGACUCCUUCUGGACCAUCCUCGUCUGCUCCCUGGUGCACGUCCUGAACGCUCUGCUGAUACGGUUUGCUGGGUUUGAAUUCCCUUUCACAAAGCCAAAAGAUUCGGAGACAACCACUGGAGCGGUUGACCUGAUGUAUUAG